GUUUCAGGUAUUCGAUCAUAAUUCUAUUGUUCUUUUGUGUAGCAAUGAAAAAUUGACAACUAUCAUCUUAAAUAAAUUAUUCUCUUGUAUUCUACGUUAAUAAUCGUGUCCAUAAUAUUCUGACAUCAAUUUAAUUAUCGAUUACAAUGUCUGCAACAAAUGAUAGCACAGUGAAUAAUGAUACGAUGGAUCGAGAUCAAAAAAAAUCAGAUGAAGCGAAGGAUAAAUGCCAAAUUGAUGCAUCAACGACCGUGAAUGAAGACGUUGAUAUGGCCAUUGAUGAAAGGCAAGAUGAUCGGCCAUCCGAAUCAGCAACACCGAUGGAAGCGGAUGAUAUGGAAUCAAAAGCCGAUUCAUCUAAUGAACCCGACGAUUCUCAAUCGACAACGCCUGCCGAAUCAGCCGUGGACGAAUUUUCCAAAAUGAUCUCAUCCAAUGAUUUCGAUGCACGUGUCAAAGAAGAUCGUUCAAAACGUUUCGAUUAUCUACUCAAACAGACUGAAAUUUUCUCUCAUUUCAUGACAACUGGUGUGACACCAAUGGUUGAUUCAAGUACGACAGCCAAACGUGGUCGUAAACCAAAACCUAAAGAAACGCCGACAGCUCCUCCUGUAUCAGCACCUCCUGUAUCAGCACCUUCUGUAUCUGCUCCUACUACUGGUGAUCAUCGCCAUCGAAUGACCGAACAGGAAGAAGAUGAAGAACUACUUUCAGCUACAAAGAAACCAGUUGGUUUUUUUCGUUUCGAACAAAGUCCUACUUAUAUCAAAAACGGUGAAAUGCGGGACUAUCAAGUUCGUGGAUUGAAUUGGAUGAUCAGCUUAAUGGAGAAUGGCAUCAAUGGUAUCCUUGCCGAUGAAAUGGGUUUAGGCAAGACGUUGCAGACCAUCUCGUUGCUCGGCUACAUGAAACAUUAUAAGAAUGGCGCUGGUCCUCAUAUGGUCAUCAGUCCGAAAUCAACUCUGACUAACUGGAUGAAUGAGAUAAAGAAAUGGUGUCCCACGUUGAAGCCUGUUUGUCUAAUCGGAAAUCAAGACGCACGUAAUGAGAUUAUUCGCGAUGUCCUCAUGGGUCCGCCCAACAGUUUCGACGUGUUGGUGACAUCAUACGAGAUGGUUAUCAGAGAGAAGGGUGUGCUGAAAAAAUUCAAUUGGCGUUAUCUUGUCAUCGAUGAGGCUCAUCGUAUCAAAAACGAAAAAAGCAAACUAUCAGAAAUAAUUCGUGAAUUCAAAUCUACCAAUCGUUUGUUAUUGACCGGUACCCCGUUGCAGAAUAAUUUGCACGAACUUUGGGCUCUCCUCAACUUUCUGCUGCCCGACGUGUUCAAUUCAUCGGAUGAUUUUGAUUCCUGGUUUAACACCAAUUCCUGUUUGGGCGACAAAUCCCUUGUUGAACGUUUGCAUUGUGUUUUAAGACCAUUUCUUUUGCGUCGUUUGAAAAGUGAAGUGGAAAAAAAAUUACCCCCAAAAGCUGAGACAAAAAUUUAUGUCGGUCUUAGUCGAAUGCAACGGGAAUGGUAUACGCGAAUACUGAUGAAAGAUAUCGACGUUGUUAACAAUGCUGGUAAAUCAGACAAACUUCGACUAUUGAACAUUUUGAUGCAGUUGCGUAAAUGUGCAAACCAUCCAUAUUUGUUUGAUGGUGCUGAACCAGGUCCACCUUAUACGACAGAUAUGCAUCUUGUGGAGAAUAGUGGAAAAAUGUCAAUCCUUGAUAAGUUAUUGCCACGGCUUAAAGAACAGGAUAGCCGUGUCCUCGUUUUCAGUCAAAUGACUCGGAUGCUUGACAUUCUCGAAGAUUAUUGUCUAUGGCGUGGAUAUAAAUACUGCCGUCUUGAUGGCCAGACUUCACAUGAAGAUCGAGAACGAAGCAUAGAAGAAUAUAACAAACCUGAUAGCGAUAAAUUCCUUUUUAUGCUAAGUACACGUGCAGGUGGUCUUGGUAUCAAUCUGGCCACGGCCGAUGUUGUUAUCCUCUAUGAUUCAGAUUGGAAUCCACAAGCAGAUCUUCAGGCACAGGAUCGUGCACAUCGUAUUGGCCAGAAGAAAACUGUCCGGGUGUUUCGAUUGAUUACCGAAAACACAGUUGAAGAACGUAUCGUCGAACGAGCAGAAGUCAAAUUACGUUUAGAUACGUUGGUCAUCCAACAGGGAAGACUUGUCGAUUCGAAUGCCAACAAGUUAGGCAAAGACGAAGUAUUGGGUAUGAUUCGUCAUGGAGCCGAUCACAUAUUUGCAUCGAAAGACAGUGAAAUCACCGAUGAAGAUCUAGACGCAAUUCUCAAAAAGGGUGAAUCUAAAACUGAGGAGAUGAAAAAACGUCUCGAAACUUUGGGUGAAUCACAGCUAAAGAAUUUCACGCUUGAUACAAAUACCGACAGUGUCUAUCAAUUUGAAGGCGAAGACUAUCGAGAAACAAAAAUGGCCACUUUUGCUUGGAUCGAACCACCAAAGCGUGAACGAAAAGCCAACUAUGCUGUCGAUGCUUAUUUUCGAGAAGCGUUACGUGUUUCUGAACCAAAAGCACCCAAAGCUCCUCGGCCACCGAAACAGCCGAACGUACAAGAUUUUCAGUUCUUUCCACCUCGAUUGUUCGAAUUGUUAGACAAAGAAAUCUAUUAUUACCGAAAAACUAUCGGCUACAAAGUACCAUUGAAUCCUGAUCUUGGCGAAGGUGCUGAAAAACAACGAAAACAAGAGCAAAAAUUGAUUGAUAAGAGCGAACCUCUGACCGAGGACGAACAACAAGAGAAAGAAGAAUUGCUACAAGAAGGAUUUAUAAAUUGGUCACGAAGGGAUUUCAAUCAAUUCAUCAAGAUGUGUGAAAAAUAUGGUCGCGAGGAUAUUGAUUCAAUCUCCAAGGAGAUCGAAGGUAAAACGCCUGAGGAGGUUAUCGAUUAUGCUAAAAUAUUCUGGGAAAGAUAUCAAGAAUUGGCUGAUAGUGAAAAGAUCAUCGCACAGAUUGAAAAAGGUGAACAACGCAUCAAACGACGACAGGACAUCAAACGAGCUAUUGAAAUGAAAAUGCAACGGUAUUCUGCACCAUUCCAUCAGUUACGUAUCAAUUAUGGUGCCAAUAAAGGAAAGAAUUACAUCGAGGAGGAGGAUCGUUAUCUCAUAUGCAUGCUUCAUAAAUUGGGCGUCGAUCGCGAACAAGUGUAUGAAGAUCUGAAACUAGCCAUUCGAGAAGCUCCACAAUUUCGAUUCGAUUGGUUUCUUAAAUCUCGUACAACUAGCGAGCUGCAACGUCGUUGCAAUACACUCAUCACAUUGAUUGAACGUGAGAAUCAAGAAUUGGAAGAACGAGAAUUGGCCACCAAAAAGACAACCACGACUACAAAUCAACGAGGUAGUAAAUCCACCUCAUCUAAAGGAAGCGGAAGGACACGUAAAUAGCUCCACUACAAAAUUUAAUUUGAAAUUUCAUGUUCAUUAUAAAAAUUAUCAUAUUGUACUAUUACUAUUUCCCGUCAUUUUGUAUACAAUUCGAUUUUUUCCCUUUAUUUACAAUUCAAAUAAAUUAACAAUAAAUGAUACGUAUUUUAUAGAA